AUGGCAUCCAACACAAUCCUCCUCGUCCUCCUUCUCCUUACCUGGUUCUUCCUCGCCGUCCUCUUCCUCUUCGCCGCUAUCGCCCUCUUUGUCCUCAAGGACAGUUAUUCUGUCAAGGUCAACCUCGAGCGCAUCCCCACUCCCAUCGCCACCACCUCCGUCGACGAACAAGCCCUAAAUUGGUCAAAUAACGGCGCACGAUCGCACUCCCCGCCGCCGUCACCCUCACCAUCGUUGACGAGCAUCCCCAACUCCUCCUCCUCGCCCUACUGGGCUUUUGCCUCACCACCCUCCUAG